AUGGUGAACACCUGGACAAUCGCACUUUUCCUGCUGGGAGCAGCCAAACGAAAAGAAAUUUGCUAUGAUCGUGUAGGGUGCUUUUCUGCCCCCGAGCCCUGGGCUGGGACUGCAAUCAGGCCCCUGAAAGUUCUCCCCUGGAGCUCCGAGAACAUCGUCACCCGCUUCCUGCUCUACACCAACAAGAACACAAACACCUUUCAAAGUCUCCUUCCCUCUGAUCCAUCAACGGUUGAGGCAUCAAAUUUUCAAACAGACAAGAAGACUCGAUUCAUCAUCCAGGGCUUCAUAGACAAGGGAGAUGAGAGCUGGCUGCUGGAUAUGUGCAAGAACAUGUUCAAGGUGGAGGAGGUGAACUGCAUCUGCGUGGACUGGAGGAAAGGUUCCCAAACCAGCUACAUGCAGGCCACCAACAACGUGCGGGUGGUGGGCGCCCAGGUGGCCCAGAUGCUCAGCAUGCUCUCAGCAAACUACAGCUACUCACCUUCCCAACUCCACCUCAUUGGCCACAGCCUGGGAGCCCACGCGGCUGGAGAGACAGGGAGCAGGACUCCAGGCCUGGGCAGGAUUACGGGGUUGGAUCCCGUAGAAGCAAGUUUCCAGAGUACUCCUGAAGAGGUUCAACUCCACCCCUCCGACGCUGACUUUGUUGAUGUGAUUCACACGGAUGCAGCUCCUCUGACCCCAUUCAUGGGUUUUCGAAUAAACCAACGGGUGGGUCACUUUGACUUUUUCCCAAACGGAGGAGAGGAGAUGCGGGGAUCCAAGAAGAACGUGCUCCUGCAGACUGUGGCAGACGGCAUCUGGCAGGGAACCCAGGACUUUGUGGCUUGCAACCAUCUGAGAAGCUACAAGUAUUACUCGGAGAGCAUCCUUAAUUCUGAUGGGUUCACUGCAUACCCCUGCGAUUCCUAUAGGACCUUUGAUUCUAACAAGUGCUUCCCACGUCCAGAUGCAGGGUGCCCGCAGAUGGGCCACUAUGCUGAUCAAUUUGCCAGCAAGACAAGUGAGGAGCAGCAGAAAUUCUUCCUGAACACAGGAGAUUCCAGCAGUCUUGCCCGCUGGAGAUACGAGAUUUCUGUAACACUGUCUGGGAGAACAGCCACCGGUCAGGUCCAAGUUGCUUUGUUCGGAAAUAAGGGAAACACUCACCAAUAUGUCUUCAGGGGAAUUAUCCAACCAGGCUCCACUCAUUCCAAUGAGUUCGAUGCAGGGUUGGGUGUUGGAACAAUUGAGAAAGUCCAGUUUCUUUGGAAUAACAACAUGGUGAACCCAACCCUCCCCAGAGUGGGUGCAGCCAAGAUCACGGUGCAGAAGGGAGAGGAGAGGACAGUGUACAGCUUCUGUAGCGAAGAUACAGUGAGAGAAGACGUUCGGCUCACGCUCAUGCCCUGCCAAGCUCCAGGCACAAUGUAG